CUGUUUUACUGCUGCUGUAUCAUUUUUCCAAACGCUGCGACUCCCAUCACGCAACACGAUCCGUGACCCAAAGGCGUCAUCCCUCCCAAAGUCUUUGUCCGUUUAGGUGACCUGUCCCAUCGUUGCUCAUCUGUGGUGGGUCAAUUGAAAAAGUCCCAAAUCGACUGCCUGUUAUCUGCGCAAAUCCAUCGAGAUGCCUAAUCCUAUCUUCCGGAUGUUCAACCCUGGUGCUCCCAAGGAGGAUCGCGUUCAAAAGCGCCGCAAACAGCUCAGGCAAGCACAGCAAACAUAUCGUGAGCGCAAGGAGAGAUAUGUCAAAGACCUAGAAAAAGCCGUGGCGGAGAGCCGAGCCCGCGAGACAGAGCUGCUGAGGCAGAACGAGCGCCUCAACGCCGCCGUUCAGACCCUGGUGGGAUUGCUGCAGCAGCACGGCGGAACCGUUCCGUCUGACCUGCCAGUGGCCGUGUCUUCUCCUCAAAGUGCUGACCUGAUCGGCUUUCCUCAUCAUGCCAAUGCCAACAAACCUCUUCCUGCUUCGCCGAGCAUAUUCUCCGACUCCACUACUGUCGACUCGGGGCUGAGCCCACCUCUGCAGCAGAAAGUAGUGUGUGUUGCCGACGUUGAUCAUGUCGGCUUGGGAGUGGAGUUUGUGUUGUCACUUGAAAAGCCCUGCCUCGACCAUCUCCACGGUAACCCCGACAAACCAGACGACCCCUCCGGCCACGCACUCACCCUCUCUUCCCAAGUCUGCGCCGUAUCAUCUCCCACCUGUGUCACAUCCCCCGUGCCAGCAGAAUGUCUAGACUACCACGCGCUCCCGGCCACGAUGCUGGACAACCUCUUGAGGCUCUCGAAGGCGCUCUGCUCCUCUGACCGCGAGGUCACGCCUGUGCAGGCCUGGGACUUCCUGCGCUCGCAGCAGCAGUUUGGCAUGUUUGAGCUGCAGAGCCUUCAGACGCUGGCGCAGCUUUUGCGGGAUACGAUUAAAUGUCAUGGGUUUGGUGCUGUGAUCGACCAGGAAACUUUUAUGCGGUUGGCUUUUGAGAUCUUGCAGCGGAAUCUUGGACCGUCUUCUUAAUCAUCACUUCAGAGAUUGUUCCUCCAGAGAUGAGAUGUUCGGCGGUUUGAAGGGCUGUUAUUCAUGUACCACCAUACUGAAAAGAGGCGAUUGCAUAUUUCGCUACUCAUAUUUUCAGUCCUCUGAUAUCAGGCGAGCAAGACCCUAUUGGACCUCAACGGCUCAAGGCUAACGGGCGCGGCUCUCAACUUUUCCUUCAUUCUCGGUGUCGAAAAGUUAAACAGGCAUUGCAAAACAUGUUCGCAGCUCAGGGAGAGCCUUUCAAUACUCAUUUUACAAGUCGCAAAGAAAGGCACCACUCAUCAGAGACGAGUGACUGUUCGUUCAUC